AUGGCAGCCUCCAGUGUUCUGCGCCAGCGGUUGCCAAGAUCAUCGACAGUUGUCAGCAGAUACAUGCCUGCCCAUCUGCCUGCCUACCCACUUACCCACCUGUCUGCCUGCCUCCUACCUUCCUGUCUGCCUACUUACCACCUACAUACCUGCCCGCUUGUCUACCUGCCUGCCUACUCACCUACCUGCCUGCCUCUUACCCGCCCGCUUGUCUACCUGCCUGCCUACUCACCUGCCUACAUACCUACCCACCUGCCUGCCUCCUACCCUACCCGCCUGCUUGCCUACCUGCCUGCCUCUUACCCGCCGCUUGUCUACCUGGCUGCCUGCCUCCUACCCACCUGCUUGCCUACCUGCCUGCCUCUUACCCGCCCGCUUGUCUACCUGCCUGCCUACUCACCUGCCUACAUACCUACCCGCCUGCCUGCCUCCUACCCUACCCGCCUGCUUGCCUACCUGCCUGCCUCUUACCCGCCCGCUUGUCUACCUGGCUGCCUACUCACCUGCCUACAUACCUACCCGCCUGCCUGCCUCCUACCCUACCCGCCUGCUUGCCUACCUGCCUGCCUCUUACCCGCCCGCUUGUCUACCUGGCUGCCUACUCACCUGCCCAUCUGCCUGCCUACCCACUUACCCACCUGCCUGCCUCCUACCCUACCCACCUGCCUGCCUCCUACCCGCCUGCCUGCCUCCUACCCUACCCGCCUGCUUGCCUACCUGCCUGCCUCCUACCCGCCCGCUUGCCUACCUGGCUGCCUACUCACCGGCUUGCCUACCUCGCUGCUGCCUCUUGUCUGCCUGGCCCCAGCUCCUGUGCUCGGCACAGGGAGGGUUUCCUCGGCCCUGCCCCUGAGAACCCUCGGCUUCCUUCAGAGCUCGGUUGGAGCAGUCAGUGGCUCCCUUCUUCAUCUCUUCCCCGACUCCCCUUUCCUCUCGCCCCUCCUAGAUCCCCCCGAUUAUCGGGACCCCUCUCGAUGGGCCCUGGCUAAGAUUUUAAGCCCCUCCGGGACAAGGACUGUUUCACGCCAGUUAUAA